UCCCACGAACGGGAGCCGGGCUGGACCCCGCCCAGGCGGCGGCCGGGUCCCCUGGGCUGGGCGCCUCUGGCGGAGCCGACUGGGCGGAGAGGAGCGCUGCGGGAGGAGGAGUAGGAGGAGGGGGCUGGUCAAGGGAAGUGCGACGUGUCUGCGGAGCCCUUUUAUACCUCCUUCUCGGGAGUCCGGCAGCCGCAGCCGCAGCCGCAGCCGCCGCCACCGUGCACCCCAGCGUCUUAGCUCCGGGAGCCGGCUCCGAGUUCCAGCGCGCCGGGCGCCGCCGCCGCCAGCCAGCAUGUCGGGGGUCAAGAAGCAGAAGACGGAGAUCCAGCAGAAAUCCACCAACGUCAUCUAUCAGGCCCACCAUGUGAGCAGGAAUAAGAGAGGGCAGGUUGUCGGAACAAGGGGCGGAUUCCGAGGAUGUACUGUGUGGCUGACAGGUCUCUCCGGUGCCGGGAAGACCACGAUAAGCUUCGCUCUGGAAGAGUACCUGGUCUCCCACUCCAUCCCUUGCUACUCCAUGGACGGAGACAAUGUGCGUCAUGGCCUUAACAGAAACCUCGGAUUCUCGCCCGGAGACAGAGAGGAAAACAUCCGCCGGGUUGCCGAGGUGGCCAAGCUGUUUGCGGACGCCGGACUGGUCUGCAUCACCAGCUUCAUUUCUCCUUUCGCGAAGGAUCGUGAGAAUGCCCGAAAAAUCCAUGAAUCAGCUGGACUGCGGUUCUUUGAAAUAUUUGUAGACGCGCCUCUAAACAUUUGCGAAAGCAGGGAUGUAAAAGGCCUGUACAAACGAGCCCGAGCAGGGGAGAUCAAAGGGUUUACAGGCAUCGAUUCUGAUUAUGAGAAACCUGAAAUGCCUGAGCUUGUGCUUAAAACCAACUUGUCCUCAGUGAGUGACUGUGUCCAGCAGGUAGUGGAACUUCUGCAAGAGCAGAACAUUGUACCCCACACUAUAAUCAAUGGCAUCCAUGAGCUCUUCGUGCCAGAAAACAAACUGGACCAAGUCCGAGCCGAGGCUGAAACUCUCCCUUCACUGUCAAUCACCAAGCUGGAUCUUCAGUGGGUCCAAGUUUUGAGUGAAGGCUGGGCCACUCCCCUCAAAGGUUUUAUGCGAGAAAAGGAGUACUUGCAGGUUACACACUUCGCCACCCUGCUAGAUGACGGAGUGAUCAACCUGAGCAUUCCCAUUGUGCUGCCAGUCUCUGCGGACGAUAAGACGCGGCUGGAAGGGUGCAGCAAGGUUGUCCUCACACACAGUGGACGGAACGUGGCUAUCUUGCAAGACCCUGAAUUCUAUGAACAUAGGAAAGAGGAGCGGUGCUCUCGUGUGUGGGGGACCACAUGUGCCAAACAUCCCCACAUCAAAAUGGUGAUGGAAAGUGGGGAUUGGCUGGUCGGUGGAGACCUUCAGGUGCUGGAGAGAAUCAGGUGGAAUGAUGGGCUGGACCAGUACCGCCUGACCCCUCUGGAGCUUAAACAGAAAUUUAAGGAAAUGAAAGCUGAUGUGGUGUUUGCCUUCCAGUUGCGCAAUCCUGUGCACAAUGGCCACGCUCUGCUGAUGCAGGACACCCGCCGCCGGCUCCUGGAGCGGGGCUACAAGAACCCAGUCCUCCUGCUCCACCCUCUGGGGGGCUGGACCAAGGAUGACGACGUGCCCCUGGACUGGCGGAUGAAGCAGCACGCAGCUGUGCUUGAAGAAGGGGUCCUGGAUCCCAAGUCCACCAUUGUUGCCAUUUUCCCAUCUCCCAUGUUGUAUGCUGGCCCCACAGAGGUCCAGUGGCACUGCAGGUCCAGGAUGAUUGCGGGGGCCAAUUUCUACAUUGUGGGCCGGGACCCUGCAGGAAUGCCCCACCCUGAGACCAAGAAAGACCUGUAUGAACCCACUCAUGGGGGCAAGGUCCUGAGCAUGGCUCCUGGCCUCACCUCUGUGGAAAUCAUUCCAUUCCGAGUGGCUGCCUACAACAAAGCCAAAAAAGCCAUGGACUUCUAUGACCCAGAAAGGCACAGCGAGUAUGACUUCAUCUCAGGAACCCGAAUGAGGAAGCUGGCCCGGGAAGGAGAGAAUCCCCCAGAUGGCUUCAUGGCCCCCAAAGCGUGGAAGGUCCUGACAGAUUAUUACAGGUCCCUGGAGAAGAACAGCUAAACAGCCCCGAGUUUCUCUCUCAAGUGCUCUUUGGUUCCCUUUUCUAUUUUUGUGAUCAGAUGCUUCAUAUCCAAUUGUUUCUCAAUGCCUGAUUUUAGAGUUUUAUAAUGAGGUAAAAAUUGUGUCUAAACUUUAACAUCAACUUCCAUACACAUAGAAAAAAGUGAAACUGAAGACCAAAUCUUAGCAGAGGAAAGCAAUAUUGGUAUCAUUUUAGAAUGAAAUUAAUUGUAUUGUCUACUGUGUCUGAGCAGGUAGGCCCCACAGUUCUUAAAGCUCUGACCAUGUGUCUUGUUUACUUGCCAAGAAGUAAAGCAUAUUUUCUAGCUUAAGUUUUGCCAACCUACACUCUCCCAGUGUUACACACCAGCAAUUAAAUAAAUCAGAAGAGCAGCAGCCUCUUCUGCACAGCUGACAAAAUUUCUUACCUGGAAGAGGUGUACUCAUGUUAAGAUUCUUCCUAAUAUUUCACCUCAUGCUGUAUACAGUCUUACUGCUUAAUCUCUUAUACACUGAAGGAUGACCUGACUGGAGAAACCAAAUGUGUGAAAAUGUGAAUUUAAUCUCAGAGAUCUAUGCAACCUACUUAUGGCACUGAAGUUAUAUUAUCUAAUAAGAGAAGUCUUACAGCACUUCUGUGAAUAAUGUAACUUCAAUUAAAUAGUGCCUUUUCAUUAAACAGCGUAGAGUGCUUUGAUGACAGAUUUCCACCCAGGACUCAGUCUGGCAAUAUUGUGGAAAGUUAAUUUUCCUCCUCUUUGCUGUGGGCAUUGUGUCCUGUGGAGAGGCUGUGCCUACAGACUGCAGCAGCAGCAGCUAUCACUGAAAACCAUUCACACCACCAGGCUAGUGAGCUGCUAGAACUGGAAAAGACCUCAGAAAACACUGAAUCCAACCCGUUCACCUGACAGGUGACCAGACUAAGAUGAUGUACAAGCAUGUGCUUUGUGAGCUGCUGAGCACUGCAACAAAACAUAAAACUGGCAUUACUGGGAAAUGCUGGUGGCACUGAACGGGCCAUGUGACUCCAGUCUGGGACUCUGUCCACACAGAACAACGCAGGAGCCAGGUCUGACUCACCUCAGCUGCUUAUCGAAGGUCCUUGAACAGAGGGCACUUACACAGCAGCCUUCUCGGAUGCUGAAAGGUCCAGGGUUUUUAAAUCCAGCGGAUUUUAUUCUAGUUGGGAAAAAAAUCUUUUCAAAGACUUAUUGCUGUUUUGAGACAUCGAACCUCUGGUGGCUUUACCUCCUGGGAGGCAGUCUUUUGUACUUUAUGCACAAUUCCUGGUGCUAAGGGAUACAUGAAGAAGCAGUACCUUUUAUACAUAGGUCUCUCUGGAAGAGCCUUAAACAGGGAAAACUGUGAGUUUUAAAAUAUUCUGUUUUUAAAACAUGCUAAUCUUAGCUAAUAAAAGUUCUUUUGAGAAUAACAUACAAUGGCCACAGUGAAAGUGUAACUUUAAUAAUAAAGUGCCUAUAUUCAUUUCAUCAGGGGUACUCACAACUGCCUUUAACAAAAUAGCAUAUUUAUUGAAAACACAAACCAGGUAGUGCCUUAACCCAUGUAUUUUGUGAUUUUUAAAUAUAUUUAAAACUGUCCUCCUGCUCUAGUGCCAUGUUGUACGAAUGACUAGUUGUAUGUAUAACUGAUGUUUAUUCUUAGUUUAAUAAAUUUCUCAAAAUGAAA